AUGCCAAUGAGCCGAACGUUGAAGAGGCCCUUCAACAUGCUGGACGUGGCCCAUACCAUGUCCUUCCGCGACAUCCUGGAGGACCCCAGAUGGCCCCAAGAGGCCGCCGCCCGGCUGCGUGCCCGGCGCAUCUUCCCGCUGCGAUUGGAGGUGAUGAGCUCGGACUUCGCCGAACUGCGGCGAAUUCUCUGCCAGCGCCUGGGCUUCUGCAAAGGGCUCCCUGCGAUUCCCCACGUGGUGCCCCGGGGGUUUCGGGCCUACCUGGCGGCUAAGCCGCCCUCCAUGCAGGAGCUUUGGAGCUCGGAGGCCUUGGAGAUUAUGUGGCGCAUGUUCGACUCGGACUUUUCAGAGCUCGGCUACUCAAGGGACGCCCUGGUCGAGAAGCCCAUCUCCUUGCCCACGCCAUGGGCGACAUGUGUUUAUUGA